UCAAUGGACCGUUUCUGAUUUCUACACAAAGUAUCAACCCUUUUCAGCUUUCUUAGCUUCUGGCUUUACUAUCGAUUUUGAAGGAGUUCAGUACUUUGCCCUGUACUGGAAAACUCUUCUGAACAACAUAGCCAACUGAGGGCCUCUCUAAUUUUUGCAACCAUGUCAAUUUUGCCUAAACUACGCUGUGUCACUAUAGAUGUUACCGGCACCCUAAUGGCUUACAAAGGGGAGCUUGGUGACUACUAUUGCAUGGCAGCCAAAGCUUCCGGCCGUCCAUGCCCAGACUACAAACGUAUGCAUGAGGGCUUUAAGUAUGCAUAUAAGGACAUGGCAAAGAAGUAUCCGUGUUUCGGGUUUGCAGCCAAAAUGCCGAACAUUGUGUGGUGGAAAACCUGCGUGCGAGAUUCUUUUGUCAGGGCUGGAUAUGAAUACGACGAGGAGACAUUUGAAAAGAUUUUCAGGCGCAUCUAUUCAUCCUUUGGUUCAUCUGCGCCAUAUACUGUCUUUCCAGAUUCCAAACCAUUUCUUAGAUGGCUUCGCGGAAAGGGUCUCAAAGUUGGCAUUGUUAGCAAUGCUGAGUAUCGAUAUCGAGAUGUGAUUCUUCCAGCUUUAGGUUUAAAUCAGGGAUCUGAGUGGGACUUUGGCGUGUUUUCCGGCCUUGAAGGUGUUGAGAAGCCAGACCCAAAAAUUUAUGAGAUUGCACUUGAGAGGGCUGGUAAUAUUGCACCUGAAGAAGCUUUGCAUAUUGGCGAUAGCAUGCGCAAAGACUAUGAGCCAGCUAAGAGCAUAGGGAUGCAUGCACUAUUGUUGGAUAGAUUUAAGACACCAGAAGCUGUGGAAUGGAGGAAGUCCGGCGCAGUUGUUCUUCCCGACUUAACGACAACACAAGAAUGGCUCUCUUCAGAGAAGUCAACUUCCUAGAGAGCCAUGCUUGAGGAUACCUGUUGACAGGAUUGUGAUCUUCUGAUGUAGCUCUACCAUAACUUUGUAAUGCAGUCGUACUCAAAUGAUACUUUCUCUUCCUUGUUUACUUAGUUUCCUAUGUAUUUUACUUUCUGUUCCUGUUAAAAGUUUUUUUUU